CUUGCCGAUUCAGCUAAAUAAUUACAAGAAAUAAAUGUGAUUUUCACCAAAAUUUCAUUGACUAUUCAUAAACUAAUGAAAACAAUAACACUGAUGAAUCAUUGGAGUUUCGGAGAUGUGAUGAAGUAAAUGGAAAAUUAUAUUUUCACGAGGGAAAUUAAAAUUUCAUGCACUUGGAUUCAAUGAAUACUAAAAUUUAUUUACAUUAAUACAGACAAACGCUGUAUCCAGUGAAAGAUUUUACUCGUAAUGACUCUUGACGAUACCACGUGCAGGAAUAAAAACACGACAUGUACGAUGUACGAGUGAAGAAUAAAAAGCAAAAGCAGGAGAAAAUAAUUUUCAACGAAUUUAACGGAGAUAUGCGGAUGGGUCCGCGGUUGGUGUAUUCCAAUCAGAAAGGUCAGUCGACUUGAUUACUAAUACGACGCACGAGGCGUCGGCAUUGGGUGGGCAGCCUCUGCCGAAAUAAAAAAUUGCCCGGUUAAUCUGCCCUUCGCCAUACACCAGCACCAGUCCGGUUUUACCAGACACGACUGCCAAUCGACAGGCGAAUAACACAUUUCUGGUUUCGUUAAUACGAAAAUUGUACAGUCAGUGGCAAUUUAACUUCUCUUACCACGGGAUCGAUAAAUAUUAACUCCCUUUUUUCUUCAAGUUGAAUAAAUUGAAAAAUUAUUUCUUACAUCUUGGAAUGAUUAAUGCAUCAGUGAAAUAUUACAAAGAUAAAAAAUGUUAAUAUAGUGUUAAAUAAAUAUGAUUGUUCGGUCAGUCUUAAUUCACACACUGAUUCCAUUACCCAUCAGUGUACUGGAUCGCGAUUAUCAUCAACUCUCAUUUCCUCUUGAAUUUGAAUCAUUAAAUAAUUCAUUGGAUCCCAGGAUAUGAUUUAUACAGUGAAAUAUUUGAAGAAUACAGACUGUCAUAAAAUAAAAAAUUGUGUGCAUGAUUAGAAACUCGCAACAGUGUAUCGAGAAACAACUACCGGUAAAUCAUCAAUUUGGGUGUCAUUGACGGAAGUGCGUUGAGUGGGCUGAUGAUAGUGAAUUAGAUUACCAUAAAAUCAUGCAAGCAUACGACCAACCGGUAUUCAUUAUCCCAGUGUUAAUAGGCAAGUUAUAUAUGUGGUGAACGAAGCCGUCUGUUCAGUCGGCGCUUAAUCUACUUGGGAACAGUCACCGAAUUUCAGAAAAUCAUCAUCGCUAUCUCCUGACCCGCCGCUGAUGCAAUUGUGAUCGUGAUCGGAUACCAUAAUGGCACCUCUCACUGAGAAUAAGGGCGACUGCUGUGAAUCAACAAUACGUCAGAAUGGUCAUCCACCGGGUAAAAUUGAGGAGAUACCGAUGGUUGAACGAAAUGAUAACAACAAUGAGGUUGAAGUCGAGAUGAUCGUCCCUCCGGACGGUGGAUGGGGCUGGGUGAUCGUCGCCGCUUCCUUCAUGUGCAAUCUCAUUGUAGAUGGAAUCAUCUUCAGCUUUGGGGUAUUUUUACCCCACAUAAGUAGGGAUUUAAAUGUCUCAGAGCCGAGUGUCGCCCUUGUCGGCUCUUUACAGACGGGAUUUUAUCUGAUGGCAGGACCAUUUGUAUCAGCCCUGGCUAAUAGAUAUGGAUUUCGAUUAGUGGCCAUGGUCGGAAGUGUCAUAAGUUGUGCAGCCUUCAUUCUCUCGAGCUACUGUUCCUCCGUCGAAAUACUCUGUAUAACUUACGGAUUGUUAGGGGGCGUUGGCGGUGGUCUGAUUUACGUACCAGCCGUGAUAACAACUGGAUUUUAUUUUGAAAGAUGGCGAGCUCUUGCUACCGGCAUUGCUGUUUGCGGCUCUGGCAUUGGGGCUUUUGUACUCGCACCCAUUAGUAGUAUAUUGAUUGACAGAUUUGGUUGGAGAACAGCUAUGCAAAUUCAAUCUGCAAUGUUACUGAAUUGCGCUGUCUUUGGCUCACUCUUUCGACCCCUUCGCCCCAAGAGAAUAAAAGUUAAACAGUCCGAAGUCGCUCCGCUCGAAGCAGUUGUCCCCGAAGUAAAAAGUUGCCUCUUGAAAAAUGCUAUUUCCACCACUUCCCUUCACGGCAGUCAACUAAUCGCCGUUGGUUGGAGAUUCGGAACGAAUAAUAACGCUGAAUAUCCAACAGCUGCCGAAGCGAUUGGAAGUAUUCCCAAUCUUAUCAAGUCAGCGGACUCGUUGCACAACGGAGCCAGUGAGAAUGAAAAACCCCUGACAACAACUGAAAAAAGAUUGUCUGCUCCGAUUUAUCCCGAAAUGGACGUUAUAAUUUCUGAUGAGAUAAAGUCCACUGAAGAAGAAAACAAUUUGCUCUCGGGUGACCUAGAAAGGCUCAAUGGACGGAUACCUACUGUGCGGAGACAUACGAUAAGUGGCCGCAGGGAUCAGAACGGAAGUGAAUGCUCUUUACGAAAAGUUGGAAAACGACAUUCAAUUUCGAAAGAUCCUCAGAGGCCGUUCUACAGGGAUGAUAUAUUCUAUGGGGGUUCACUGGCCAGAUUACCGCAUUACAAAUCUCAAAUGUCAUCUGUGGGAUACCACAUGUCGGUGACGCGACUCCCAACAGCAACAGACGUCGAAGAAGAGGAGAGUGGAAAUUGUUAUCUAUGCCCAGAGAGUGUGAGAAGAAUCCUCACAACUAUGCUGGACAUAAAUUUAUUAGGAAGCCCGUCUUUUCUCAUUCUAGCAAUCAGUGGGGGUCUCACUAUGAUGGGUUUCUAUACCCCCUUCAUGUUCCUUCCAGGUCGUGCUGAAUCAAUGGACCUCAAGGAUUCCGCAACGUUCCUCGUAUCAGUGAUUGGUAUUGCAAAUACUGUAGGUCGUGUGAUUUGUGGGCUUGUCAGUAGUCUUCCUGGUAUGGAUACACUCCUCAUUAACAAUGUAUUCAUAAGUAUCAGUGGUAUACUUACUAUUUGCUCUGGUCUCAGUUACUCGAAAGAGUAUCAAUACUUUUACGCCGCAGCGUUUGGCUUUAGUAUAUCUGUAUUCGCUGCACUCAGAUCAAUCUUGGUGGUUGAACUUAUGGGGCUAGAAAAAUUGACAAAUGCAUUUGGCCUUAUUCUGCUAUUCCAGGGCAUUGCUGCGAGUGUUGGUGCACCUUUAACAGGUGCAGUAAAAGUCGCAACCGACAGUUUCGAUGUUGCAUUCUACGUGUCAGGAGCUCUAAUUCUCCUCUCCGCAAUAAUCUGCUACCCCUUAAAAUUAAUAAACAACUGGGAAAAACAUAAGAACGAAGCUACAUUGCCAAAUCCCUGAGUCCCAGGACUCCCAGGGCAUAGAAAUAUCCGCGGAAACAAAUUCCCAAGGCAAGACUGCCGUGUCACAUCGCGAAAAUGCAUAAUACGAAUGACUGGGUCAUAAGUUGGAGGACCCACCCCUCAUUAAAACUAACGAACGAGUGAAUCAAGUUUUCACAAGUGAAUGUGUGAGAGAAAGAGAAUGACACCUGCAUUUUCAGAUUAAAUUAAUUAAAAAAAAAAAAACUAAAGUCAACCUCGUGAUGUGAGAAUAGCAAUUGAGGUAUUGUAAAAUAUAUCGAUAUAGGUAAAUAUUAUGAAGAAUAACAAUUUUUUCAUAAAAAACGUUGGAAUUUUGAAAUAACUCUCACACAUAUUGUUACGUGCCAAAUUUAAGUCCAUCAUUUGGAUAAUUAAUGUUUUUUGACUUUAAUCUAUUGAAAAUUCAAAUGACUGUGAUGUUUAAUUUUCACAAUCAAGUUGACAAUUUAAAUUGUCAUUAGAAUAUUAAUAAUCGCUCAAUAUGAAAAAUUCUAUUCUAUUUCCAAGAAUUUUCAUUAGACAAAUUUUUAAAGUUAAAGAGGCAAUUAUUGUAGUAGCAAAUGACCAUGAAAUGUCAUUAAAUUUGAUCUAUCUAUGACAUGGAUGGCAUUUUAAAAGGAAAAAAACUGAUGAACAAACCUCGUGAACCUCGUGAUGUAUAAGAAAAGAAUACGGGAGGUACUGUAAAAUAUAUAAAUAUUAUGAAUCCUAUCGUCAAUAACAUGUAGAUAGUUUUAUUAUUCCAUGAUUUUGAAUAAUUUAUGGAUAAGGAUAUUGUGCAGACUGUCAUAUCACAUUAUUACUGGCCGUGAAUCCUUGAAUAUUCUUUAGCAUUGGAAUUGGAUUUUUAUCGGCGAAUCGUGCGUGAUAUUGCUAUUAGUCAUUUUUUCUGUACCUCAAAUGUUGGAAUAUUCAACCGAAAUAAUGUGUUCUCGCUGAAAGACAAAGAACUUCCACAUGUGCCAAGUAAUAUUUUUUUUUAUCUACGGUACACAUUAGCUGUUAGAAACGGAAUUUCGAUAGCGCCUCGAGUAAUCAUUAAAAUCUAUGGAAACAAUUGAGUAUAUAUAUAUAUGUAUUUACUGAAUUUAUGGAGGAGUUGUGAUAGUACAAAAGAGAAACAAGGAAUGGUAAUUACGCAAUCACGUGUCGAGCCAUGUUCUUAAAGUUGGAUUUAUUAUCAUCGAUGAAAUUUUCCGUUCGAUUUGUAUAUUUGUACGCUUUUGAUAACUCUGAGUUCGUACAUAUACAUAUACAUAUAAGUGGUCGCCUUCAUACAUCUUGAUAUAUUCAACUUUUUUUGAGUGGAUUUAUAUAUGACGUAUCGAAUGAUCAUUUCCGUCUAUCAGAAAUUACAUUUAUACAUCUUGAACAAAAAACCUAUACAUUUAAACCCUAAAUUGACACUGUCUAUACUUAUAAUAAGAACGACAUUUCACUAAAAUCAACCUGCCAUUUAAUGUGUAUAUUAUCCUCACAAUAGAAUAUUUUGUGACACAACGAUAAAAAAGAAUGUCGUGAGUAAUUGACAUCACUGAUAUGAAAUUCGAAAUCUAGUGCCUUAUUUUGUUCAUUUUGAAAUGUACAAAGAUAAUUCAUUCCUUAUCCAUUUUUGUAAAUAUAUAUAAUUAAUACUGAACAUAA